AGGCCGCGCGGCCGGGGCAGUCAGAUCGGACGCUCCCGAGACCCCCGCACUCCUGGGCGGUUGCGGAUCCUGCCCGGAGAUCCCAGACCUGGGUUGGGGUCCGCGGGCCAUCUUGCGGGCCCUGGUGAAGCCCUGUCCACCGUCCACCCAGCCCUCGGCAUGGAGCGAUCGCCCACUUUCCUGGGGACGCGGCCCCCGCCGUGGGGAAUGCCCGGCCGGGCGGCGGAUUCUGCUCCUGUCCAGGAUCCUGCCCUUGGCCCCUUACCGGGGCUCCUCGUCGCAUCCCUCCAUGGCCGUUGUCAUGCGUCUUCCUGCCAGUGGGACCCCCGAGCAGGCCUCCCCCCCAUCCAGCGGUUCUCCAGGUGCACCCAGAGUUCAGUCCACAGUUCCUCACCUGUGGUUUCCACCUGGGCCCAGGUCUCCUCUGUGACUCCUCAUUUCCUCCAGGAUGAAGUCCCCAUCCGCAGCUGGGUUCUUGGCCCUGCUGCCCUCUGCGACCCUUCUUUCUGCCACACUCUCUCCUAGCCAGGACCCUGCAGUUUCUGGAACUCGCUGCCACCUGGCCACUUUCUCUGUAUCUUCCUGCAGGGAGUUUGACUGGCUGGUUGAGGUUCCAUGGCCCGCAGUCCUAUGUAGGUCGUUUAGAGUGUAUUUGGCUCCUUCUUGGACCUUUUAAUACUGGUGCCUUCUGGGGCCUGGCUGAGGGCUGCGCAAUUGUGAGCUUGUGGUUGAAGUUGUUGGGGUUCUGGGUGUCGCGGUGGGUGCCCGGUGAAAGAUCUAUCCUGGUGUGAGCUUCCCAUUCCGACCCAUCAGUGACACAUGGGAGGUCCUAGGAAAGAAGCUAGCUGAGCCUGGUGGAUUUUUUUCUCCUGCAGCUUCCCCUCUUCCUGUGCCCCUUACCCAUCUGUUCAGCAAAUGAUUAUUGUGCUAAAGCACAUACCUACUGGUCCUGCUCACAUGCAGUUGUAGUUGGGGGGUGGGGAUCUCAUUAAACAUGUAAAUCAGCUGUGGAACCAUGGGAGUGAGGUAGGAUGGGCAAGGAUGGACCACUUGGGUAGGGGAAGAGGUUCUCAGCAGGGAAACAGGCAACCCUGAGGCAGGAAGGGGCUGUGUGAGAUGAAGAGGUUGGCUGAGCCUGGCUGUAGGCUUGGCGGGCUGUGGUGAGGGAUGUGAUCUGCUGGGAAUAGCGGGAGGCCACGGGGAUAUCCUCUGAGGGAGAUGGCAGGGUGAUCAGAUCAGUGCUGUGGGAGGACUCCUUGCCUGCUGGGUAGAAGGGCCCGAACUGGGGUGAUGCUUGCUGAGGGGUGACUCCUCAAGGAAAGGCUGUUGCUGCAGGAUGAGGAAAAAUUCUAGAGGCAGGGACCAGGUGGUGGCAAACUGGUAGAGCCAGCAGCAGGCCCAGGCAUGGAUUGGAUUGGGCCUGGAGGGUGGAGGAGUAUCAGGGAUGACACCUGUGUUUCUAGCUUUGGUCCUAGGGCUAUGUCCACCCUUGUCAUUCUCCAGGAGUCAGGAGCCUCCUAGCAGGCCACCCAGCAGCAGCAGAGCCUUAUCUACUGGGCCCCCAUCCCUUUGGGAGUUUUUUUUUUUUUUUCCUUUCGGUGCCGUGGAUGGAACUCAGGACCUUGUGCUUAUGAAGCAGGUGCGGUGCCAUUGAGCUCCCAGCCCUCCUUUGGGGGUAUUUUGAAGCUGACAUUUCUCACCCUUGACACUGUGGACACGUGGGGCCAGGUUAUUCCCUGUUGGGGCCAUUGUAGAUGUUACAGGGUAGAGAGCAGUGUCCCUGUCCUUCACAUACGCCAUGCCCUCAGUUGUGACAACCACAGGUGUUGCCACACAUUGCCCAGUCCCCUGAGGGGCAGGACCACCUCUUUUUGAGAACUGAUACCAUAGACUUCCCUCUUCUGAAAAGUACCCCAUGUGAGAUCUGCAACCUGCAUGGGAAUUUGUGGUUCAGUGACUUCAUCCUUAGCUCUGCCCUGGCUUUUACAGCACUCUUCCCGAUGUGCUCCUGGAUCUUGAUGACUGGGUCUCACUCCAGUCCUGGGCCUCACUUCUGAGGUCUGGAGGGUACAUAUCUGGGCUGUGGGGGCCUCUGCCCCACGGCAGAUCUUCCAAUGCUGUGACUCAAAGCUGAGUGAGCCUGGGUGUUCUCUACUCCUCUCCAUGAGGGAAGGUAUGGUCAGUGGAUGGGUUUUUCUCAGAUCUUUGUGUUGUCUUCAUUGCUCUGGCCUUAAUUGUUGUUCACUUAACAUAUUUAACGGCACCUUGCAGGUCUUGCAGAGAGGAGGAACAUCAGAGUUCCUUUUUGAGCCAGGCCCCUCAUCCCCAUUUUACUCCCGUCUCAUUUGCUUCCUGAGGCAAGUGGCACCCACAAUUGUAGAUGAGGCCAGGAGGGUCACACAGGCCCCAGGCUGCAGCAAUAAAGCAGCAGGCCCAGGCUCCUCGCCUGAUCCCACCCUCGACCCUGCCUGGCCCAACAGGGAAGAGCCAUUGUCCAGACUCAGUGGGGCCUUCCCAGCUCAAGAUGUAUCCUGCCAUUGUUUCGGGAGCCUUUGUUUGUUGUAUUUCCUCUGUGGGCAGCUCUGUCUCCAAACAGUCUGUGAGCUUGUGGAGCUGUGCUGCAGGAGAGGGGCCCAUGUGCUCUGGGGUCCUUUGGUCUGAGACUUGUGCCCUCUUCUGGAGGUGGCCGAUGAGUCCCUGAAGGAUUGCAAUGAGAUGGGCAGAACAAGGGUUUGGGCAGCAGUGUGGACAGAGGCCUGGGAGAGACGGUCACCCUGGGCCCAAGGCAGGGAAAGUGAGGCUGGGGUGGGCUAGGGCUCUGAAGGCCUUGCUCUUUGCAGGUGAUGGCUGGGCUUAGGGCAAGGUUGGGGAUACAAGCCUUGGACAGUCCUGUCUAGGGUAAGCCUGGCCAGCAAGGCCAAGGUUGUGGCAGUCUGGACAGGAGAGGAUGAAAUGGGGCUGUGGGGAUGGGCAGGACUUGGAGCCGUGCCUCCUCACCUGGCGUGGUUGGGCGGGUCCUGACCUGUGCCCCAGCUUCCUGGAAGGAACCUGCCCCAUGUCCCCGCAGGGUUUCCCACGGCACACCAUGGAGACCCGUGACUGCAAGGCUCCUGGGGGCUCGGCUCGGACUGCGAUGGGGCUGGGCCACAGCUUCCUAACAGGGCUGUUGUCAAGGGUGGUGACCAAGUGUCUGAGAACCUCCGCACCUCCCCUGCCAAGUGAGGCCCGGCCGCGUUGUUGGCGGGUGCCCUAUAGGAGGCCCAGUGCAGGACCCGGUGCCCGCCCGCCAUGAACGGCCUGUCGGUGAGCGAACUCUGCUGCCUCUUCUGCUGUCCGCCCUGCCCUGGCCGCAUCGCUGCCAAGCUCGCCUUCCUGCCACCUGAGCCCACCUAUUCGCUGUUGCCUGAGCCGGAGCCAGUACCUGGCGGAGCCGGGGCUGCCCCAUCAGGGACCCUGCGGGCCUCCGCAGGUACCCCUGGGCGCUGGAAGGUGCACCUGACGGAGCGGGCUGACUUCCAGUAUGGUCAGCGCGAGCUGGACACCAUUGAGAUCUUCCUGACAAAGAGUGCCCGUGGCAACCGUAUCUCCUGCAUGUAUGUGCGCUGCGUGCCUGGGGCCAGGUACACAGUUCUUUUCUCACACGGUAAUGCUGUGGACCUGGGCCAGAUGAGCAGCUUCUACAUCGGCCUGGGCACCCGCCUCAGCUGCAACAUCUUCUCCUAUGACUACUCUGGCUAUGGUGUCAGCUCAGGCCGGCCCUCUGAGAAGAACCUCUAUGCUGACAUUGACGCUGCCUGGCAGGCCCUGCGUACCAGGUAUGGCAUCAGCCCAGACAGCAUCAUCCUGUACGGGCAGAGCAUUGGCACAGUGCCCACGGUGGACCUGGCCUCGCGCUACGAGUGUGCCGCUGUGGUGCUGCACUCGCCGCUCACCUCGGGCAUGCGCGUCGCCUUCCCUGACACCAGGAAGACCUACUGCUUUGAUGCAUUCCCCAACAUCGAGAAGGUGUCCAAGAUCACGUCGCCUGUGCUCAUCAUCCAUGGCACAGAGGACGAAGUGAUUGACUUCUCCCAUGGGCUGGCACUGUACGAGCGCUGCCCCAAGGCGGUGGAGCCGCUGUGGGUGGAGGGCGCUGGACACAAUGACAUCGAGCUCUACAGCCAGUACCUGGAACGGCUCCGCCGCUUCAUCUCCCAGGAGCUGCCCAGCCAGCGUGCCUAGUGUUGGCCGGUGACCCCACACCGCGCCAGGCCUCAGCAAUAAGGCAGCUGCCCGGAGGACUUGCCUCUCAGCGGCCCAAGGGGCUGCAUGUGGACCCCUGAGCCACCCAGGACCCUGACCUAGCCCAGGGGCCAUGGACAAUGUGCAGGUGAUGGAGCUACACUCUUCCUUUUGGAAGCAAAGAGAAGUGAAAAAUUAAAAAU